GAUUGACAUCCCCACACUAAUACUGUUACACUACACUAAUUUAAUACUACUAUAUAUGGCACUAUGGUAUGAAGUGCUUUUAUGCCCAAUUGCAAUAGUCAAACAUGCAAAAACUCCCAUUUCUGAAAGACAAGACAUUUGAAGAAGACGGUUGCCAAAAGCCUGAAAGUUAUAUGGCUGCUUCUCCUCUCUCAAUUAUGAAUGGUAAACUAGAUCUGAAGACUAUGUGUGCUAUAGUGAGGACAAGCAGAUGGCAUCAGUUGGGCAUACAGUUAGGAGUUGACUCAGACAUGCUCCAUGAUAUAGAAAGUGAAAAAUCUGAGACACAAGAUAAAAGAACACAAAUGUUUCGUCUUUGGAUUGCAAGUCAACCAGGAGCUAGUCACAAUCAACUGGUUGAGGCACUGAGACUCAAAGUAAUAGGAGAGGACAGAAUGGCUCAGGAAUAUGAAGAAAAAGUGAAGGAGGAAGCAUCUAAAACUACAGAAAGUACUGAAAUAGGACCUGCAAAAGAAUCAUCAACUUAUACAGCACCUGCUUGGAGCACAACCACAGUUAUGACUUCAAUGGUAGAGAAAGCAUCAGAGGUACUAACAGAUCAGGCGUAUCAAUUACAAGAAAAAUAUGACAACCUCCUUCAGCUGAUACAAGAUCUCUCAAAAAAUGCCGACGUAGGAAUAGUCAAGAACCAGCUACGAAAUGUACUGCAGGAGAGGUGCUUCAAUCAGUCACAUGGAAUUAGCUUUUACCAGAAGCUCAUCGAUCAGAUUACAACUAUGGAUGAAGCAUUUGCUUUUCUUAUUAAGAAUCAUUUCGUUGGAUACUUAAAUUACUAACUCCUCAUGAGA